GUUUUCCUUGAUGGCAUGAACACUACCAAUACAGUAGUUCAUAAACUUACAGCUGUGGGGUUCACCUCGGCGGGUAUUGCUGCUGGAUCCAUGGCUGCCGGCAUGAUGUCUUCUGCUGCCAUAGCUAAUGGUGGGGCAGUUGCUGCUGGCAGUGUGGUGGCAGUUCUACAGUCAGCAGGUGCUGCAGGUAUUGGUGCAGCUGCAACAGCUGGCUUAGCUGGUGCUGGGGCAGCUGUGGGUGUUGGUGUUGCAAAGGUCAUUGAUACAGUAACUGAGGAAGAGGAUGACAAGAAUGAAUGAGGCAGCAACAAAAUGGCUUAAAAAAAGAUCUAGAAAUUGAUGAAUAUAACAGAUUAGAUGGAAUGGUAUUGGAUUUAUUAAAAAAAAGGCAAGAAAAGGAUGCGAAGGUUCCCAGAGAUGAAUGAAGGACAGUGACCCAGGGAAAGAAAAUUAAUGUCACAAAGAAAAUAUUUGAAAACUGCAUUGAAGAAAAUUGUCAAGAGCACGACAAGAUACUUUUUUGUGUGUGAUUUCUUAUUAAAGCUUUUGAGAUCACUUUAAUACUUUCAUUAUAUAAAUUUUUCAUAUUCUUCAAGGGAGCUCUAAUUCUUAAUUGAACCUUUUUAAGACUGUAAAAUUCUUUAAGAAAUUUGUCCCUUAUUUCUACUGCAUAAUUUGAAAGUGUGGUCUCUUACUCCUGCUGCUGGUAUCAUGUUAUGUUUUAUUGUAUUAUCUCAAGAAUUUUUCUCCAUUCAUUUAUGAAUGAUAAUCUUAAAUAUUUACUACCUCUCAAUUCUGUUGGUAACAUUUCAAGAUUAAUUUUCAUGGUACAGAUGCCUUACAACAGCUGUAUAUUUUAAAAGUAAAUGUGCUCACUUCUUGAGACGGGUCAGGUCGACUAUCAACAAUUGUUGCUUUUACUAGAAUGGAAUAAAACUUGAGUGAAUAUUUUAGUUUUCUAUUAAAAUGUUUUUUCUCUUUUAGGUUCUAAUGGUUAAAAUUUUUCUUAUUAAAUUGAAUCGUGGAUAAAGAAAA